AUGCCGUUUGCCGCCGCCGAACUUCCCUACGCGAAGGACGCCCUCGUCUCCAAAGGGCUUUCCAAGGAGCAGGUGGAAUUCCACUACGAAAAGCACCACAAAGGCUACGCCGCGAAGCUCAACGCGGCCAUUUUAACCACCCCCGAGCUCGCCCACCUCUCCUUGGUGGAGGCGGUGAAGACGAUGACGGGGCCGAUCUUCAACUCCGCCGGGCAGCUCUUCAACCACGACUUCUAUUGGCAAUCCAUGAGCCCCUGCGGCGGGGGUGAGCCCACCGGCGACCUCGCGGACGCCAUCAACGCCUCCUUCGGGAGUUUUGAGAACUUCAAGGAGGAGUUCACGGCGGCCGCGGGGGGGCAUUUCGGCUCAGGUUGGGCCUGGCUUCUCCUUGAGACCGGGAGCGGAAAGCUGAAGGUUUACCAAACCCACGACGCAGGCUGUCCGAUUGUCGAUCCCACAUUGGUUCCUCUUCUCGCCUGCGAUGUUUGGGAGCACGCGUACUACAUCGACUACCGCAAUGAUCGCCCGAAGUAUGUAAACGCAUGGUGGGGGAUGGUGAACUGGGACUUCGCGGCCGCCCAGUUUGACAAGGCGAAUGCCUAA